AUGGGAAUCCCCUGGCGGCUGAUUUGCGUUUUCGGAUUUUUCUCGUGUGUUUCAACCGAUAACGAAUGUCUUAAAUGUUCGGACCUUCCGGGUUUCACGGAAAUUCAGGGAUCAUGUUACGCGCCAAUUGUCGCAAAAGCGAAUCGAGGAGACGCAAUAAAAGAGUGCCAAAAGUUGCAUCCGAAGGCCACUUUGGGCACAAUCAGAAGCGCCGCGCAAAAUGCGGCUGUUCAUGAUCUAGCCGUCAACAAACUGCGUGCUCAAUGCUCGUCAUUCUCGGGUGAAGUGUGGAAGAACCAAAUGUGGAUCGGAUUCUGGGAUGAUUUAAAAGACGCAAAACUUGCAAACACUUGGGAAAACGACGUCAAAUCGGAUUACAGAAAUUGGGCUCCGGGACAACCCAAGGACGAUUCGGGCGAGGAAAAGGGAACCGCGAUGACCAUCGUUUCGGGCGGGCCAGAUCCCGAUGGAUCGUGGUACGAUCUUCACAGCCAAGAAAGCGUCAUUUGCGGAGCACUGUGUGAGAUCCUGCCAAUCUAUGUGAACGGAAAUCAAGCCGAAGCAAAGACCCAAUGCAAAAAGUUGCACCCUGACGCCGACUUGGCCUCAAUUCGUUGUGAUGCCGAGAAUGAGGGAAUUUGGAAGUUGUCUCAAGGGUCAUUCAAAGAUCGAUGUGCUACACACGAUCCGACUAAUAAGUACUUAGACCAAUUGAUCAUCGGGAAAUCGAACGGCGAUUGGAUUGAUUGUACCAAUACAACUUAUAGCAAUUGGAAUGCCGGUGAACCAAAUAAUGCCGGUGGCAAUGAGCCCGUUUCGACGUUGUUCAUCACAAAUGAGAGCCCUCAAUUCCCGAAAGGCAAAUGGAACGAUUUGGCCGAUGGGAAAUUCUGUGCCGCAAUGUGCGAACUUCUUGUGGGCACAACCGGGAACUCAUGUGGUUUAAAGCCGUGCCCUGGUACACAGACGUGCGCCGCUUCUUCCGGCUCAAGUUCUGGCUCCCCAACACCAGCACCAAAAGUAAGCCUUAGCAAGUAUAUAAAUAAG